UGAAAACUUCUCAAUUCUAGUCAAAGAUGAUGUCAAAACUCUCAUCAAAACUGAUGCAUCUGGUUUGUUAGAAUCUGUUGUAAAAAACAGUUCAUGAAAUUCUAGUCGAAUCAUCUCGAUUUAGAAUCCAAGAAACAAAAUCACCUUUUAUAACUUCAGAGAUUAUUGACAUGAUCAAGAGUCACUGCAACAACUCCAUUAGGGGUCUAUCCAGAAAAUUCAAGGCACUUAGUCCUGUUAAUCAGCAUGCCGUAGCUCUAUCACUCAUAGAGGAUGGAGAAGUGGUUCUUAGAGUUCUUGGUUGUCCUAACUACCCUAUGAAAAAGAAAUGGUCUAGUUAUCCUUACAGCUAUCUUAAGAUCAUGUCUAAGUUGCCUCCUCCAACACAUGAAUCUUGGAACAAAAGGUGUGUGGUUUAUGCCAAAAGAGGAAGUGGCAAGGCUUGGAAGCAAUCACUUCUUCUCCAUGCCCAUGACAAGUUUGUGUGGCCAAACCAUGCAAAGCAAGUUUGUUUCUCUUCCAUUGAGGAUCCUUCAUUGGCCACUUUCUGUGAAAUAGUUGAGAAAGCUAAUAAAAUAAGUCAUUCUUUUACUCAAGGACUAGUUGACACUGUUGGUCUCAAGAAGCAACCACUAAAAGUAUAUAGCAUGGCAAAAUAUUCAGCAAUUGUUCAUGGGAAUGCUGAGGCUUUCAUGAAGUUUGCAAAGGAAAGUUACAAGGAAAGAAUAUGGGAUCAUGCUGCUGAUAUUAUCAUCAUGCAGGAGGCAGGUGGCAUGGUAACAGAUGCUAGAGGAAAUCUCCUAAACUUCUCAAAAGAAUUAGAUAUAGAAGGUAUUGAUCGUGGUAUAGUUGCUUCUUGUGAAGCCACAUUGCAUGAGAAGAUCAUUGAUGCUAUUGAUACUAAUUGGACUUCCUCUUGCCUUUAA